AUGCGAACAGGUAAAGAACUUAUCAUUCCAUAUGUAUCAUACAUUACAUUGGGUAUUGUUGCACUUAUUAUUAUUUUAAUGGUUUUAUUUAAAAUUGCUGCAAGAGAUAAUAGAUUUCUAUCGAAUUCGGAAUUGUAUAUUUAUUCUCAACCAGAUCUUAACCAACGUAAACAUAAUGCAAAUAAAAAACAACGUAAAAAUACUUUUCUUGCAUCGAAAUCCGCUAAAUUAACAAACACUACGCCAUCAUCGAAUUAA